AUGGGGAUUAGCAAAGACGCCUUUCUCUUUCUCUUCUUGCUCAGCUCAGUGCAAGGAGACAUACUAGACAGCUAUGUGAGAACAGAGGGAGCUUGGCUGCUCAACCCAAAGAAGCAAAUUUAUAGGACAAAUAGUGAAGAAGAAUGUGCAGAGCAAUGUGAAACUGAAAAUAAAUUUACUUGCAGGGCCUUCUUAUUCAGCAGUAAAGACCAACAGUGUUUAACAUUGGCUGAGAACACCAAAACAGCAGUGAUAUUCAGAAGAACAAAUGCAGUUCUUUAUGAAAAAAGAAUUUAUCUUCUAGAAUGCAAGGAGGGAAAAGGGGUGAAUUACAGAGGAACAGAAGCCAAAACUCAGAAAGGUGUGCCAUGCCAGAACUGGGUUGAUAAUGCCCCACAUAAACCAAAUUAUACACCUGAAAAAUAUCCCAGUGCAGGACUGGAGGAAAACUACUGCAGAAAUCCUGAUAAUGAUGAAAAGGGACCCUGGUGUUACACAACAGAUCCUGCUACCAGAUUUGAUUACUGUAACAUCCCAGAGUGUGAAGUGGAGUGCAUGCAUUGCAGUGGAGAAAACUACCACGGAGAAGUUGCAACAACAGUGUCUGGGAUUGAGUGCCAGCGCUGGGACUCCCAGAAACCUCACUCUCAUGGAUACCUCCCAGAAAAUUUUCCAGAGAAGGAUCUGAAGAUGAAUUACUGCCGUAAUCCUGAUGGUGAACCUCGGCCCUGGUGUUUCACUACCAACCCUACUAAACGCUGGGAAUAUUGUGACAUUCCUCGUUGCACAACACCCCCACCAGUUCCUGCACCAGGACGUCAGUGUCUAUCAGGAAAAGGAGAAGACUAUCGAGGCACAAUAUCUGUUACUGAAUCAGGAAAUACCUGUCAGCGCUGGAGUUCUCAAUUUCCUCACAGACACGCUCGCACUCCUGAAAAUUAUCCCUGCAAGAGCCUAGAGGAAAACUACUGUAGAAAUCCUGAUGGUGAGAAGAUGCCAUGGUGUUACACCACCAACAGAACUGCCCGGUGGGAAUAUUGCACCAUCCCAUCCUGUGACGGGACAGAGCCAGAGGCCCCUGCUGUUGAUGUGCCUGAGCAGGCUCAAAUUACUGAGGAGUGCUAUCAAGGCAAUGGUGUGACUUACCGUGGCACAGCUUCUUUCACUCUCACGGGAAAGAAAUGUCAAGCCUGGAGCUCAAUGUCGCCACACCGACACAAUAAAACGGCAGACCAGUUCCCAAAUGCGGACCUGAAGCAGAAUUAUUGCAGAAACCCAGAUGCCGAUAGCCGCCCAUGGUGCUACACCACUGACCCCAGUGUGAGAUGGGAGUAUUGCAACCUGAAGAAGUGUGAUGACCAUGUACAAGUCACUUUACCAAAACCUCCUCAGACAACACAGGAACCAAACCCUGAUUGCAUUAAUGGUAAUGGUAAAGAUUAUCGUGGCACAGUAGCAAAAACUGGAAGGGGCAGGACUUGUCAAGAGUGGAGCUCUCAGAGACCUCAUAGCCAUGACUAUUUCACUCCCAUAACACAUCCAGGAGCAGGCCUGGAUAAAAAUUAUUGCAGAAAUCCUGAUGGAGAUGUGAAUGGACCUUGGUGCUACACAACAGACCCAAGAAAAGCCUGGGAGUACUGUGACAUUCCCAAGUGCCCUCCUGCUCAGUAUGAGUGUGGAAAAUCCAAGUUCAGACCAAAGCUGUGUGCUCAAAGGAUUGUUGCUGGGUGUAUUUCACAUCCACAUUCCUGGCCCUGGCAAAUCAGUCUCCGGACAAAUUUUGGCCUGCAUUUCUGUGGGGGAACUCUGAUAGACCCUCAGUGGGUUCUUACUGCUGCUCACUGUUUAGAAAAGUCCUCACGGCCAUCUGCGUAUAAAGUAUACCUUGGAUUACACAAAGAGCGAGCAUCAGAGGCAUCAGUGCAGAAACGAGAUGUUGAGAAAUUGUUCAAGGAGCCGCACAGGACAGACAUUGCUCUGCUAAAGCUGAGCAGCCCAGCAAUCAUCAAUAAUCAUGUAAUACCAGUUUGUUUGCCAAAAGAAAAUGCUGUGUUAGGAGGAAGAGAGGAGUGCUAUGUGACGGGCUGGGGUGAUACAAGAGGAACUGGUGGUGAUGGCUACUUAAAGGAAACUGGUUUCCCUGUAAUCGAGAAUAAAAUAUGCAACCGCCCUGAAUUUUUGAAUGGUAGAGUCAAAAACCAUGAGCUCUGUGCUGGAAAUAUUCAUGGUGGCACAGAUAGCUGCCAGGGGGACAGUGGAGGACCUCUAGUCUGUCUGGACCAAGAUAAAUUUGUGCAACAUGGAGUCACCUCUUGGGGGCUUGGCUGUGCCCAGCCCAUGAAACCUGGUGUUUACGUUCGAGUUUCCAAUUAUAUUCCUUGGAUUAAGAGUAUAAUGGAAAACAACUGAUCCUGAGCAUGGACUGCCCUCUCCUGGAAAGCAGUAUAUGUGUUAGAAAUACAAGAUUCCAAGUGCAAUAUUAAAGCUACAAUCAUUCAUAAGAAAGUAAAAUAAAUAUGAUCAUCCAUCUUAAAUUGCUAUAAAUUAACCAUUAUUGCCAAGAAACGCAACUGAUGACGUGUUACCCUCUUUCUUUAUGUUCUGUGGUUUUCUAUGUUUGACAAUAGACUUGCCCGCCUCUGAAAUUCAUGUCACAAAUCCCAACCUCAACUGUAACUGAACAUCUACAUUUCAAUCUUAUAUUAGGCUCCACAAUGACUUUUUCUCCUAAGUCUGACUUUUCCAAGUUAUUGUGCUUCCAGCAAAUGAAGAAAGGAGAAUACUCCUCAUUUUCAUUGAGUUUUCUCAGCCUCUUACCAAUUUAAUAAUACAAACUGAAGAAGAAUCUUACUUUACGUGUCUUAUAUGCAUGUGAAGUUUUAUUAGAUAUGUCCAAUAGCAUUAAAUACACAGGAGUAAAGCAAAAAGAAGCAAACACAUUUGGUUUAUAUUUUCAUUUUUUUAUUGACAUGGAAAUCUGUGUGUCAGAAAAAGUACAAAUACUGCAUCAGAGAUAUAAAACAGUGAAUAAAAAAUAGCCUCACCCUAAAAUUAGUCCAUAGUGAAGACAGAGAAAUAACUGUCAAUCAUUACAGCAAGUAAUGACAAUGUCUAACAUAUUAUAAAAUUUUGUUGUCCAUAUUACACAUCCUGUUUCACUAUAUAACUUUAUCCCACUAUAUAACUGUUACAUGUACAUUUUUCUUCUCUAAAAGAAAAUUAUGUACACAUGCCUGUGAGUAUAGGAAUGAAAUCUUAGACAUUUAGAGAUGCUCUCCAGGGAAAGCUUGGCUCAUGCUCACUGCAGUGAAACACUUGCUAACUAUGAGCUCCAGCUCUCAUCCUGCACCACUUACAUAUCAGCUGGGGAGCACCCCACAGACACCUGGGGAUCCCCAACUCUUUAUGGUCUCCUUCCUGCAUCCUCAGGGUGCACUAGUGUGCCCCAAGUAACACAGCUACUUCCUGGGCUGGGAUUUGCCUUGCCCACUUUCUGCAGUGCAGAGGUCCACUCCCACACAUGCCAAGCUGCAUGUCAUUUAAUUUAAAUUGCUUUUUUUUUUUUUUUUUAAUAUGCAUAAAUAUACAGAAAGGAUGGGUUGCAUCCUGGGAGUUCUUUUUUUUUUUCUCCUAUAGGCUACAAAGGGAGAUACAAGCUAUAAAACAGUUAGGUGUCAGGGUGAUAUUUUUUCAGCUUCUACACCUGGAAUCUAAUUCUAGGAGAAGCAAUGACCUCAGAGCAUUGCCUUUCUGAGCAGGAAUAGCACUGCUAAAGCACUCCCCACCCACCUCUCUGGCUGUGGGGGAUUCACUGGGCACAAAUACUCUCCUGCAUAUUUUCUGUAUCUAUUUAUUUGGAUCAUAAAGUCAGCCAAGAAAUACUCACAGUACUUCCCUGAUAACAGAAAUUCUGUGUUGCAGCUUGGUCUUUGAUUUGUAAAGCUCUUCAGAUGUGAACUCUUGCAGGCAUGGUUAAUACCUGGCUUGUAGGCAGACAAAUCCCCUCAUGCUGACCUAGCCAAACCCGCCAGAGACACCUGGACACACCUGAGCAGCUACAGAAGUCCCACCUCAUAACCUCUUAAAGUGUGUAAAAUGUGAUCUUUUCCUUCUGCAAGAGUGGCAGUGGCAGUAAAAACUGCCACUUAACACUAAUCACUUUCACAGACUAGAUGAAGUAACAAGGCAAAUUUGGAGGCAGCAGCACAUUUGCUCAUUUGUUGGUCUGGGAAAUCUCUUUGUAGGCAGGAAGAACACAGCUUCUGAGUUUCUAGGGUCAUGUUGAACGUGUGGCUUUGGGGGUAGUAAGGUGAUCCUUUGUCCGCUAUGCACAUCACAUCUCUCACUAAGCCUCUGAAUUAUAACUCAUGCAAGACAACUAAAGCUGUCGGUGUCUGUCACCUCCUGAAGAGAUGCCUCUCACUGAGGUGGGUCACAACAGCCUUUUUAAUAUCAACCCAUGCAGUUUAGAAGAACUGCUUCGUCACCUGAGAAGUUUGUGGGACUCUCCUGUAAGGCUCAAUGUAUUAAGUGGUUUGAGGUACAUAUGAAUUUAUAAUAAUUCUUUUAAACAAGCAGCCUGUCCAGUGGUCUGCACAACCCUGCAUGGUUUCCCCCAGGCUUCUCCCUUGCUGAAGUUCUCCCUCUGCUUCCAGCACCUUGUCUGUCCUCUCUCACCACAACAGUGUAAUCCCUAUCACCAAACCCAUUUCGCAACCUUCACGAGGCAACCCAAAGUCUCACGGAAGAUGGGAGGAUUUUCCAUUUUACAACUAUUUGGGGUAAGAGAUAGCACAGGAGCCUUUAUGAAAUAUAAACUCUACCUGAAGUUGUUAAGUACUAUUAUAUUAGAAGUCAGAACACAUACACAGGUUUUUUCCUCCUGUUCUUUACAUAGGAAUUUUCAGAAAAUAAAUGCAUCUAAACGUCUGACACUGCUCCUAGCUAUUUUGCAUACUGAAAUAUUUCACUUAUAUUCUCUUCUGAGGAACAUAUGAUGCUAUGCAAAACAAAGAACAGUCUGAAAGGUCAGAAACAAGUUUUGAGUCUCUCACUUCUCAACACAUUGUAGUUGUCCACAAACAGAAGCAGCUGGAAACUAAUAUUGACAUUUCUUUGGCAAGCUGUAGCUUUAAAUGACCUCCAUAGUCCUUCUCAGACCAACUAAAUAAAUCAAUUUUAAAAAAUUAAAUUUCAAAAAGAAGGAAUAUUAGAAAGAAGAGAGAGGCUCAACUCAUACAUCACUGCAUCUGAUUGCCUCAUCCUGCCUCUCCAAGGGCCGUGACUGUGGUGCAAGGAAGUCAGGGCUGAGCUCUGGGGCCAAGCGCCCAUGCUCCCACCCUGUGCUGAGACAGGGCACCUGAACAGUGCAAGCCCACACCUUCCAGUUCAGGGCUGGUCCCAGCCAGCCAGCCCCAGGGAGCUUACAGCUAUUUUCAGACCACACUGGUGCAGGAGGAGUUUUCUCCCUGCAGCCGUAGCUCCAGUUCUGUGUUGUCCUCUAGCUAUUGCCAGUUAGACAGAUAUGAGAUGCUUGUUUAGUUUCAUAUCUUUCAAUCACUACUGACUUUUGCUAAACAUCCCAUUGACCUUUAACUAUGCCUCAGAGGAAGUUAGAAAGAGCCUUGAAAGACAGCCCUUUAUCGCUAACUGCUCAAAGUAUGCAAAUAUUAGAUGGAGAUUAUUAGUAAAGGUCUUGUUUUCCUCCAGCAGGGUUGGUGGUAUGGGCAGUUGCUGGGAAAAACAGGGAGAGUUGGGAACUGCUGAUAUGCACAGUAUCCUCCACACCGUAGGAAAUCCCCCUGUGCAGGCACCUGCCUGUAUGUGCUCUUAAAAUGGUGAGACUGAAGCAGUAGUCAUUCAGCAGCACUGAAUGUAGUGUUAGCACCACUCAUUUGUGCUAUGAACCUUCAAAAAAGUCCUAUAUUUGCUUAUGCCAAAUAUGUUAUUUUCUGAGCUUAUAAGGCACUUUACAAAAGCUCACUGGCUUUCUUUUUUUUAAUUUAAUUCUCUGUUGGUAACAGGAUACCUUUUGAACACCACAUAUUUUCAAGACUUUUACUGUAAGAAGUCUGUUGUUUACCCGUCAGUGGCCAGGACCCAGUGCUUGAAGAAGGUCAUACAGUUCAAAGGGAAGGCAGACAGUCCCUGCUAUCUGCUUGCAAGAAGCCCUUCCCUUAGAGAUACGGGGAAUUCUGGCCAGGCAACAGGACAAGGGGGUGUCACCUGAACCCCAGCUGAGUCUGGGGGAGGUACUAAUAGGCAGCAGGACGAUCUGACCUGCAGAGCUAAUGCCCUGCAUAGGAUGUGACACCUACAAAAAGGUCUGGGAAGGUGAGGAGGAGGACUGCUGCCACACUUCAGAAAGCCUUUGAAGAGGGAGGGAAGCAGGGCCUUUGUGGCAGAAGCUUGCUGGGGAAGAGGAUCAGACCAGGGCAAAGGUAUCCUGAUGCAUGCUUCUGAUUUCCACCCCUCCCAACCAGAGGAAGAGCUGCCCCAAUCAGCACCCUCCUUCCUGCACCACCAGGUCUUCUAUUUGUCGAGAUUCUCCAGAGGCAAAGGAGAACAGGUUGAAAUACUCAUCCUCUCCUCCUCAAAUUCAUCAAAAUCUUGAACAAGCAGUACCGUUUCAAACCCAAAGGUACAUGCUAACAAUAGAAAUAAACAUAGGGCUCAAAUAUAUAAAGAAAUCUAUAAAUAUAUAAAGAAAUAUAUAAAGAGCUCACUGAGCUGGAUAGUCUAUGUUUUUAAAUCUGUUCUGUUCUCUACCAAGAACCACAGAGUGCUCCCUUCCUGCAAACAUCAUACUCAGAAAAAAAAAA